AUGUCGAUGUCAUGGUGUGCGGGAGUGCUGCUCCUACUGACAGCAUGCGGGUCCAGCUUUGGUGAAGAGGCUUCCACGUCCAACGCGACCUACCUGGAGAAGCGACAGGAGCACGAGGCUUCAAAGAUGGCGGGGGAGAUGGACGAAAAGGCUCUCUUCAUCCGCCUUCCCCACUCCGCUGUUGUCGACGACGAGGGCAAAUUCCAUCUCUCCUGGGCAGUGGACAUCGAGAGAGGGGAAAUCACGCUUGAGUUGUCUGUGGAAACCUUAGGAUGGGUGGGCUUCGGAGUGUCUCCCAACGGCGCAAUGGCGGGCGCGGACAUCAUAACGGGCUGGGUUGACGAGGAUGGAGUUGGUCAUAUACAGGAUCGCCACGGAACCGGGAACGUCAAGCCAGAGAUGGACGAACAGCAGGACUGGAGGCUGCUGAGGGCCAGCGAGAACGCAACGCACACCGUUAUGGUUGUUGUGCGAGAUCUCAGCACCUGUGAUGACAAGGACAUGCCCUUCAUGAACACAACCAAGAGGGUGAUUUACGCUUAUGCAGCUGAAGACCCGGUCAACGCAACGGCCCUACAGUACCACGGGUCAUCCAAAAGCGGCUCACGUUACCUAGUCCUUCUGGAACCACAAAGUGCAGUCAUGGAGAUGCCAGAAGACGCGAAAAAGUGGACGAUCAUCCAAAAGCAUAACCUCAGCAACGACCGGGAUACAGUGUAUUGGUGCAACAUCGCCACCUUCCCACACAAGGAGUCUCAAGUUCAUUAUGUCGGGUUUAACAUCCAGCACGGAAAGAACUCCCGCACACACCUUCAUCAUGUGGUCAUCUGGGAGUGCACAGGAGACCCCAACUCGGCCGCUUACAGCCAAGAACGGGAACGCCUCAUGCAUUACGCCUCACAGGAAGGUCAUGAAUGCAUUUCGCCAAACAUGCCGCCAGACUACGCGAGAUGUGACCACCCAACCAUUGUCUGGACUUCGGGAAUAGAGGGUGAACGGGAGCCAGCUCAUGUGGGAAUGCCCUUGGUGUCUGCGCCGGGAGAACAUGCCUUCUUCAUGGUUGAGGCCCACUAUGACAACCCUGCACUGGUGGACGUUGGCGUCGUGGAGUGGGGGAUCGAUGUGUAUUACACGGAGAAAUUACGAGAGUUCGAGUCGGGUUCUCUGUUGGUGGGUAGUUCCGUGAACUUCGGCAUGAUGAUUCCUCCCGCACAAGCCCAGUGGACUGCGGCUGGGCACUGCCCCGCUGGCUGCCUGGUGGAGGGAAUGCCCGAGUCUGGUAUCAAGGUGUACCAGGUCCUCCCCCACGCUCAUAUCAUUGGACGCAGCAUCCGAGUGCGACACUUCAGGGAUGGCAAGGAACUUCCUCCUCUCUCGGUGGACGAUUACUACGACUUCAACUUCCAACAGAUUUUGAGGCUGCAGGAAGAGCGAACCAUCCUCCCCAGCGACCAUAUCACCACAGAAUGUACCUUUGACAGCAGCAGUCGCCAGAACGCCACUUUUUCCGGCUACAGUUCUCGCGACGAAAUGUGCCAGGCUUUCCUGUUCUACUACCCGCGCCGGAGCCUUGUCCAAUGCACAUCAUCUUCACAUCAUAACGUCGUGAAAGAGGUCUUAGGAAUCCAGAAAUUGCAAAACGAAGAUAACAUGCUGCUCUUGUCGAGCGACAGAGACCAAAUAAAUCCUUUCCUACCGAAGAGAAAGACCGAUUUCAAGACCUUCGUGAACAGCAUCAAUUGGUCAGAGCUCGACCUGAACGAAGCCGAGGAGAAGCUGACGCGUGGCACUCACGUGACCAGGUGCCUGAAGAGAGGUGGAGUUCCAGCACAGGCCUUCAAGCUAAAAACAGGCUACCCAGACGCAGAGCCCUACAAGGUACCGGAGGAUUCGUGCCCGAGGAUGCUGAGCCAGAGAACGCCCCAGAACGUCGAGGCCUCCACCAGCGUCUCUUCAGGAGCAUCCACAAGCUACAUCUCGUUCUACAGAAUAAUUCGACACACGUCCCUCUCCCCCAAGUGUGAUCAUAUCUUAACAUCUAAUAUCACCGUGAAUAACUAA